GAAACGUGUAAAUAGUUGAAUAAAAUUCGGGCAAAUAUUAACAAUGGAGCAGUUUGUAGCUUCCCUUCCCGACGAGAAAAAACCUAUAGCUCAACAAUUGGUAGCAACGAUGAAGGAAAUGAUGGGACAAUCAUUCGAUUUUAAGUCUAUGAAAUGUAGCGAGUGGAAAGGUUACAGAUUCAUUCCAUUCUUCCAAGCCGAGACCGCAAGAAGAGCAUUUGAAGAUUAUGAAUUCGAAGAAAAUACUAUUCUUUUAGCAUCGUAUCCAAAAACAGGAACUAAUUGGACAGCCGAAGUAAUUCGGCAAAUAUUAUAUGGCGACAAUGAAAGAUUUUCAGCGUUGUCCAAAGCACUUCCACCUCCUUUGACGGCUUUGGAAAUCUGGCGUCCGGAGAAACUUGAUCUUCUCGAGCACAUUCCGCUACCUCGCCGAGUUCUUUUGACUCAUCUUCCGGAAGAAUUGGUGAAUUAUGAAAAAUUGAAAAAGAAAAACGGAAAGGUCGUUGUCCUCGUUAGAAAUCCCAAAGACCAGGCAGUUUCUUGGUUUCAUUUUACGAAAAAUCGUCAUUUUGAUGGAUUGCGUGAUGAAAUAAGCAGCGAUUGGAAUCAAUUUCUAUCGGACUACGUUCAGGGAAAGCAUCCCAUGAUAACAAAACCAGGUCAAUGGUAUCCAGACUUUUUACUUGGUUGGAACAAACACAAAGAUGAAGAUAAUAUUUUGUUUCUGGUGUUUGAAGAUAUGAAACGGGAUCCACAAAAAGAAAUUCGUCGAUUAGCAAAUUUCUUAGAAGUUGAAUUGAACAAUGAAAGGGUAUCGUCGAUUGCUCAAUCUACUUCAUUUGAUUCAAUGAAAAAAGCUGCUGAUGCUGGCGCUGUUGAUUCAGCCCAAGUACACAAAUCAUUGAAUAUGAUGAGAAAAGGUCAAGUUGGUUCGUGGAAGGAUUCUUUCACGGUAGCUCAGUCUGAGUUGAUGGAUAGUAUCAUUGAGAAAAAACUCGGUGAUACAGACAUAAAUUUCACCUAUGUGCUAUAGACGUAGUGAACAUCUAAGCUUGCAGACAAACAUGUCUAAUUUUGACAUUGCAUUUUGAAAUUUGUUCUCGUUCUCAUUACAUGGUAAAUACUCGUUUUAUUAGAAUUGAGCAACAUUGUAAAAAUAAAAAACAAAAUAAU